AUGGCGGACAUCGUCACUCAACUUCAGGAUUCGGUGAACGAGCUCAAUGGCAUGUUUUACAACUGCGUCGGUGUGCUACAGAGGGAUGCCAAGCCCGCCGGGACGACGGCGGACGGCGAACUCAGCGACGAGUUGCCCGACGAUGGCCGAGAAGCGAGCGAGAAGCAAAUAAAGGAGAUGGCAGCGGCGGUGGUCCAGCAGAGCAGGAAGAUCGACGAGCUCGCCUCGUUGCUCCCAGAGGUGGAUCUGGACGAACACGCACAGCUGGGGAGGAUAGCCAAGCUUCAGGCGGAGAACGACGAGCUAGACAGGGAGCUGGCGCGGGAAUUGGAGGCAUCGGAGAAAAUUCUGGCAAAGGCGACAGCAGCGUUCGAGGCUGCGACGGACAAGGUCUUGCUCUCUGAGGACCAGCCCUCGACGACAGGGAGGUAG